AUGGCCGAUUUGUCUGAUGAUGAUCUCGCUCCUCUUGAGCCUACCCUUCAAAACAUUUUAGAUCAAAAUUCUCUUCAUUGGAUUUUUGUUGGUGGUAAAGGUGGUGUUGGUAAAACAACUACAUCCUGUUCUUUGGCUGUUCAGCUCUCCAAAGUUCGUGAAUCUGUGUUGUUGAUAUCUACCGAUCCCGCUCACAAUCUCUCUGACGCGUUCGGCCAAAAGUUUUCCAAAGAAGCAACACUUGUCAAUGGCUUCAACAAUCUCUAUGCAAUGGAAAUCGAUCCUACUUCCAGCAUUCAAGAAAUGGUCGAACAAUCUGAUCAAAACAACCCUAUGAGUGGUAUGAUGCAAGAUUUAGCCUAUGCCAUCCCUGGUGUUGAUGAAGCUAUGGGUUUUGCUGAAGUGAUGAAGCAAGUCAAGACUAUGUCCUAUUCUGUCGUUGUUUUUGAUACUGCUCCCACUGGUCAUACUCUGCGUUUCUUAUCCUUCCCUACUGUAUUGGAAAAAGCUUUGGCUAAGAUUAGCGGAUUAAGUAGCCGUUUUGGACCUAUGGUGCAACAAGUGUCUGGUAUGAUGGGUAUGAACGCCAAUCAAGAAGAUAUGUUUGCCAAAUUGGAAGAAAUGCGUGCAGUUAUUACAGAAGUGAAUAAUCAAUUUAAGGAUCCCGAUACCACUACUUUUGUUUGCGUUUGUAUUUCUGAAUUCUUGUCCUUAUAUGAAACCGAACGUAUGAUUCAAGAAUUGACAUCUUAUCAUAUUGACACACAUAAUAUCGUUGUCAAUCAAUUAUUAUUCCCUAAAGAAGGCUCUAACUGUGAACAUUGCACUGUUCGUCACAAGAUGCAGCAAAAAUAUUUGGACCAAAUUUAUGAUCUUUAUGAAGAUUUCCAUAUUGUUCGUAUGCCUUUAUUAACAAAGGAAGUCCGUGGUGUUGAAGAUAUCAAGGAAUUCUCAAAAAUGUUAGUUGAACCCUUUGAAGAAAAGAAAUAA